AUGAACGAACCACCGGCGAAGCGGAGGAGAACCAAUUCGCCUGACGAACAAACAUCAAGUCCUCUAAGGAAACCUCCGCGACGACCCUCCUUUGCGUCGCCUACCAGAGCCAGUCUUGCGCGCAACUAUCCAAACCUCCUCUCCUCUACAUCGCCUCUUAAAGCGUCCCCAAAGCGCAACAGACAAGGAGCUGUGUUGGCUAGAAACGGUCUUCGAGGAAGGAAAGAGAGCGAAACGGAACUACCAGGCGGGCAAGAUGAGCCAGAACUUCCAGGAACACCAUCACAAAACGGACUCGAAAAGUUGAAACUGCCACGCCGAGGCAUUCUCUUCUCAUCACCAAGCAAACGACCCCCACGUGUCAAAGAUCCCGUAAAACAGCCUCCACCCAGUUCGAAAGCGCCAGCAGUACAGUCAGACGACAUCACCGGGCUCAUAGAGGACGGUCCUGUGGAGGACAUCACCCAAGAAGCGGCACAAAAGAGACAACCUCCAGAUCCAGAGAUUGAGAGAAGGAAGCAAGAAAAGGCACGCCUGCAGCGUGAAGUAGAAGAGUUAGAGUCUCAAGUGUCAAGAUGCAUUGAAGAGGUGGCCAAAGAGCAGCGCCGUGGUCACGAGGAUCCUUUACAGCCUCCAGAGCGCGACAGCUUGAAGAAGUUCAUAUCCGAUAUCGCUGGUACUGAUACAGAGCCGGAGAAGCCUGCCCCAGUAUCAAGUCUGCUUUGUUCAUUCCUACCAUUCGCAGCCCUCUCCGUUCCUCCGCCUCGCCCGAAACAAACGAAUAAGCCAGUUCCAUCGCACCGCCCAGUGGAACUCGCGGAUCCCUUGCCUUACCUCGAAAUGUUUACAUCACUCAACUUCUCCACACAACUGAGCCUUCCUCGCGGCAAGGUCUUCCCAGCCUCACGGCGGGUUCACCAGAAGCAUACUAUUGAUAUUACGGGCCCACAGAAGCUACUGACAGCCCAAGUCUCUAUCACAAUCGACGCAUUGGCGAACGAGAUUAUUGACAUGCAUCUUCUACGGAUCUCACCAUGGGCUGAGCGCGAACUGGGCACCUUCAUUCGCACAAGAGCGCAGGAAAGAGAUCUCGGUAAUGCCUCCUGGGCUAUCGACUCGUACUGGGAGAUUGCAAAGAAGCGCGCGCAAUACUGGCACAAGUGCGAAACUACAUUCGCGCAUCUACUCGUAGGUCGGACUGCGGAGGAUACCGAGAACACCCAGCCGGUGAAAACCAUCACACGCAAAGACCUAAGCAGGAACUUAGGUCGCAACACCCUAAUUCUACAAGACAAACACGUCCUAUUAAAGCUUGACUGGCAAAUCAGCUUCGAUUGGACAGGCGAAGCGGAAUCAGAGGUUACUGUCGAGGCCGCCUUUCCCCAGGUUUGGUCAGAGACAGGUGAUGGUGCUGCGGCUUUUAGAAAGAUACCCCAAACCUUUGCUUCUCUUGUUCGCAGUAAGGGUGCUUUUCAGGCUACUAAGGUUAUGGUAGCGUUGUUGUUUUCGAAAUAG